AUGGGAAAGCUGAACGUUGAGCUAGCUCGCUACCUCGUCGGCGAGGAUUUUCGUUUGCUAACGGCGGUAGAAAUGGGAAUGAGAAAUCACGAAGUUGUUCCUGAAGCACUGCUGGUUCCACUGGCAAAUUUAAGGAACGGUAGUGUCCGACACAAGCUGCUGGGUUUGGUGCAAAAUCGACUUGUGGCGUACGAGAGAAGCCGUAAAUGUAAGUGCCGCGGUUCCUAUGAAUUUAAUUGA